AUGUGGGGAGCACCCAUCACUCCUGGGGGUCAUCCCACUCCCCCCGGCCUCCUGCCCCUCACCUGCCUCCUGGCGCUGCAUGCAGGUCUCCUGGCAGGGGUGAACAUCACCAGCCCCACAGCACUGGUGCGGGGCACGGCCGGCAAAGCGGCGCUGCUGUCGGUGCGCUACGCCAGUGCCAGUGCCGACAAACCGGUGGUGAAGUGGCAGGUGAAGAGGGACAAGCCCGUCACUGUCGUCCAGUCCAUCGGCACAGAGAUCAUUGGCAACCUCCGGCCCGACUAUCGCGACCGCAUCCGGGUGCUGGAGAAUGGCUCCUUGCUCAUCAGCCCCUUGCAGUUGGCUGACGAAGGUGCUUAUGAGGUGGAGGUGUCCAUCACCGACGACACCUUCACCGGCGAGAAGACCAUCAACCUCACAGUGGACAUCCCCAUCUCGAAGCCACAAGUCCUGGUGGCCUCCUCAACGGUGCUGGAGCUCAGCGAGUUCUUCACCCUCAACUGCUCCCACGAGAACGGCACCAAGCCCACCUACACCUGGCUGAAGGACGGGCGGCCGCUGAGCAACGACUCCCGCCUGCUCCUCUCUCCAGACCAGAAGAUCCUCACCAUCACCCGUGUCCUCAUGGCCGACGAUGACGUCUACAGCUGCCUGGUUGAGAACCCUAUCAGCCAUGGCCGCAGCGUCCCCGUGAAGCUCACCGUCUACCGCCGCAGCUCCCUCUACAUCAUCCUCUCCACGGGUGGCAUCUUUCUCCUUGUCACCCUGGUGACAGUUUGUGCCUGCUGGAAGCCCUCCAAGAAGGAGAAGCGCCAAGCGGAGUCGCAGCCAUCCCCUGAGUUCUCUGAGCAGGAUGAGGAGCGCCUGAAGCAUGAAGCUGAGGGCGUCCCACGGAGCGGCGACCACGACCGCAAAAACCCGGUGGCCUUGUACAUCCUGAAGGACAAGGACUCACCGGAGGCGGAGGAAGACUCGCUGCCCGAGCCCCGCGUGGCGGUGGAGCCAGGUUACACCAGCUCACCCUGUCCGACUGCCGGCCGCUCGCCGGGCCCGCCAGUGGCCCGCUCGACUCGCCGUUACCACCGCUCUCCAGCACGCUCACCCGCCUCCACCCGGACCCACCGGUCACCCCCCGGCUCCCCGGCCCGUUCCCGUGGGGCCCCGCGGCUGCUGCGGACUGCUGGCGUCCAUGUCAUCCGGGAGCAGGAGGAGGCCAAUGCCGUGGAGAUCAGUGCCUGA